ACUCCAUUUUAUUGCUACGAGACUAGACUUCCCAACUUACCCAACUCUGAAAGAACCCUCCCAACUAGAAAAAGAAACAAAAACAUUCAUGUUCCCACCUCUUAUCUGUGAAAAAGUAAUGGACAAAACACAAUGCAAAGAAAUUCUAUCUUUAUUCUGGCUUAAAGAGAGUUGAAGAUACCUUGCUCGAAUUGAGAGUGUAACAUGGCCAAGAGAUCAGAUUUUGCACAGAAGCUGUUAGAUGACCUCCGGUUGCGGAAGGAGCGGAUGGCUGCAUCUCAGAACUCAAAGGGUACAAAUCCAAUGGUUGCAGAUGCAUAUGCUUACUCCAAGAGAAGUUAUAAAUCAUCCAGGGAACCGAAACCACUCAAAACUACUGGUUUUAGAGCUGGAAGUGCACAAAACAGGUCUAGUGGGGGCAGUAAAUUAGUAACCACUGGGCAGGUAUCAAAUCAGAUUGUUCCUUUUGGGAGUGGCCAGAAGUCACAACAAAUAGGAGGUCUGUCAAUGGCCCUUGCUUUUGCACUUGAAAAUGGAGGAAAACUAAGCAGAACAGAUUCUUCAGGCAAUAGCUCAGUGUUCAGUUUUCUGCAUAACAUUGGUAGGAGACAGAUGGAUUAUGGGAAGAUGGAAAGAAGAAACAGUGUAGUAAGUAGGCAUCAACCUUCAAGUAGCCAACUCCCUACUCUCUCUCAUCUCCAUAUCGAAGAAAUAUCAAGGGGUGCACAAAAGUUAAAUCAGAUCCUCCGAGCCUGCUCUAACGGCCUUAACUUCGACAGAUAUUCAAUAGAAAUUGGGCGGGAACUAUUGAAAGGAGCAAUGGAUUUGGAGGAGUCUCUAAGGAUGCUUGUAAACAUGCAGGAAGCUUCAGAGUACUUAACAACGCCACAGAGAAAAAGUCGGAUAACAUUGCUAGAGGAGGAGGAGGAGGAUGAGAACACUGUCAGAAUAGCUGAUCAGAAGCAAUUGGAUAGGCCGACGUUUUCUUUUGACAGACCAUCAAGGAACUAUAAUGACAUUCAAGAAGUUGCAAGAACUGAUCUCAAGCUGAGGCUGGCAGCUCUUACUUACUCUCCAGAGGUUACUAAUUCCAAGCAUGAGAAGAAAGUUCUAGCUGUCUCAAAUUCACAUUCUCACAAGCGAUCUGUUAGCUAUGGUCCAGACAUUAAAAAUCUCACUGCAUUCUCAGAACAGAAUCACUCAAGUUCAUUGCCGUCCAAACAAGAAAAGUCGAGAAUUCCAAAUGUAAUUGCGAAACUGAUGGGGCUCAAUGAACUGCCAGGAAAUGUAGAUUCAAGGGUUACCUCACAGAAGGAGUCUGGAAAGCAAAAGGUAGAAGGGGUGAUCACGAAGAAACCUGCACGGGAAACUACCAAAAAGGCUGGACAAAGGACAAAUGAUACUGCAAACCCCGUUCUCCCACCAGUAAAACAGAAGGUAAUACUAGCCAGCAAGAUUCCAUUGAUUCAGGAUACAGUUACAUCACCAGCAGGAAAAACUUUGACAACUAGAAAUGGUGGCACAAGGGUUGCUGUCCACGACAAACUGCCACCUCGAAAGGACUUGGAAGACAUGAAAUCAGUGACAAGUUCGAGAAAGGCCAACAUCACGAUAGACAAACAACAAAGUGAUCAUGCCCAAUUGAACUAUAACUACGGAAGUAGAAAAGAAAAUCAAGAAAAGGACAGAAAACAGGAUAAUAUAAAGCACAGGGAACACAGGAGUGCUGAGCGAAGUGAAUCCAAAGAACCAGUUUUCAAGGAUGAGAUGCAACAGAUGAUACCAUAUAUGCAUAAAAGAUCAGAAUCUGCACUUACACUGAAAGAAACAACAGAGUUCAGUGAAAGCAUGCAUCAUAUGGAAAACAGAUAUUCUAACAAGCUUCUCCUAGGCAAUCAACAAAAGCUGCAAAAUAAUCAUGGAUUUCAACACGUACACAUGCUCCAAAAAUCUGAGCUUCAAGAGAAAAAGCGUCGAACAGAAGAGAAGGAACAACAUAGUUCUAAACAGAAAUUGCAGGGGAAGAAACAAAAGGGAAAUGAACCAGUAUCUGGUAAUUUCUCCAAACCAAUGUCUGGUGCAACGAAUUUGCAAAACAAGCAGCCACAAAUGAGCCACGCAGCAACUACUAGGACAGGCUCCACCGAAUAUACUGAUGCAACACAAUUCAAUGGAUUCCCAGAUGGUAGGCACCAAGAAAAUCCUGCCAGAGAUAGAAGUUCAAUAAACUUAAACUUCAAAAUUAAAGAUUCAAUAAACAGAAAAUCCAGUCAGCAUUACUCUCGAGGAGAUAUAGAAUCUGAAUCAGCAAAAGCUCGUAUCCUGUUUGCUGUGGAUGAGAAACCACCUCAAGUUCAAACGACAAUGAAGGCAAAGAGUGCCAAAGGGCACAAACUUGAGGUUCCUCGGAAGGUCGAUGAAGUAAUGACCAAAAAAGGUGGAAGUGUUACUAACUUGCCGAGGAUGCUGAAGCAUCAGAGUUCCAUUUUGCAAGAGGGGAAACAGACAAGGCAGGAGAAACUUGCUAUCUCAAGAGAAGCAGAUCAAAUGAAAGCCAGCAGGUUCGAAGAAGUGGAAACAGAGAUCACUAGAUCCAAAAGGUCAGUAGCAAGCCUACAACCAUCAAGUGUGGCACAAGAGCUACAGAAAGCAGCUCAGAAAAAUUCAAUUUUGUGCAGUCCUGUAGAAGAUGAUAGCCAAAGCCUAAAUGAAUCACAAGCUUUAGCUCCAAAAGAUAGGUGUCAAAAUACAGUGCCAAUGGCUACAAAUGAACAGCAAGAUCAAGAACCUGAUCUUGGUAGAGCCAAAGAACACACAGUUAGGAACAAUGCAACUGAUCUUCUACGACGAACUCAAGAAGAGAGCACAGAAAUCUCUUACACCCCACAAUCACAAACCCAAAGAACUUAUACAUCAGAGAUGCCAGAGCCACUGACAGAGAGUGAAAAUCAGCUGAAGCAGAUACUUAUGAAAAGUCAAUUAUUCAUGAACACAGCAGAGGCGCUUUUCAAACUCAACAUUCCCAUCAGCAUUCUUCAUGCAAACGGCCUCGACUAUCACAAUCAAGAGAGCAAGCUCGUUUUAGACUGUGGCUACGAAGUAAUGAAAAGGAAAGGCAGAAGGCAGGAACUAAGCGUUCAUCCAUUCCUGAAGGUAUCCAUCACUUCAAAAAAAGCAAAAUCCUUGGAUGAAUUGGUCAAGCAAAUGUGUAAAGACUUUGAUAAGUUGAAGUUAUAUGGAAGGGAUGGGAGAGAAGAUUCUCCCUUCGAAGACUACCUACCGAAGAUGCUUGAGGCCGAUGUCUACAGCAAGGAACCAGAUGUGAAUUGUAUGUGGGAUUUGGGUUGGAACUGCGUGAUGUUUGCAUUCCUUGAGAAAGAUGAUGUUAUAAGGGAUGUGGAAAAGUAUGUGCUUAAUGGACUCCUAGAUGAGAUUACCAGAGAUCUUUUCAAAGGCAUAAGUGCUUCAGUUAAGUAGGAAAAAACCAAAAAAAAAAAAAACUAUGAAACUAUUUAAGCAGAGUUGGUAUUAUGUUACUGUUUGUAUCAGUGAGCAAACUUUCCCAUAGCCUUUUUUCCCCCUGUAACUACCCAAAACUGUGAUUCUUACUUGCAUUUCUUGCAAGUUUUCAAAUAUUUGCAUAUAAUGAAUGAUCAAUUCAGCUCUCUCUCUC